AUGAAGGCCAUCGACGCCACCACGCACGAGCACGCAUACGUCAAUGUAGGCGUUUCCUCGGCAGAAAAUAAGCAAAUUCAUCCGCUCGCAUUAGCGAUGGGUGUUGUUGGUAUUUUUGUUCUCGUCUUUCUUGUUACUGCAUCUUCGUACCGGAAGCAACAGGUGCAGAUGUUGGCCCGUAAAUUAUUACGUAAGAAGCGCAAAACUGCCACAGGCGAAGAUAAAGGCACUGGUAGUAAAUAUAUAUCCGAUCUACCAAGUUUUGCACGUCAGGCGGCUGAGUCAGGUAACGCGCGCGUUGUCAAGCGCUGGGUCCACUCGACAGACCGGAAGAUAGACGCUCGCAGUAUCGAGAACCUUACGGCAUUGCAUUACGCUGUACGUGGUGGCCACAAUGAAUGUACACGGCUUCUUUUAUCAGCCAAUGCUGAUCCGAAUGUAUCCGAUGAACGUGGUAUCACGCCACUGCAUUUAGCGGCUUUGGGUGGUCACGCACUCUGCGUCAAGCUUCUCCUUGAUAACCAUGCCGAUCCAUUUCUAGAAGACAUGGAUCAUCACACACCAUUAUUCAUUGCAGAGCAGAGUGGAAAUAUCGGAUGUGCGCGCUUAUUACAGCGAGAAAUGGCGAAAGCAGCCAUGCAAGAUGAUGCAUCAGUCACAUUACGUACAGGUGCUAGUACAACUCGUAUUGAUAAUGCAGUUUAA